AUGUCGUUUAAAAUCGUCCAAACCAGAGAACCUGGGCAUAAGCUGCCGUCCCUAUCCAUUGUACCAUCUGCAUGGGAGAAGGAUGGUACUUUAUUUUGGCCUCCAGCAAAGAAAAAGGGACUUCUGUUUAAAAUUAUCAGGGAUGGAAAUUCCAGGCCUGAAACUGACUGGGUUCCUCAGCCUUGUACCAAAAAGAGGCAAACCUUCUUAUCCUAUGAGGCAGCUGAUCUCGAGCUCACAGCAAUGCAAACCAAAAGUGAUAGCGAGGGUGGUGAGCCAUCAGGAAAAGAGUUGCCCAAACAAAGGCUGACAAUUAAAAAGAGGAAAGAAAUCGGUCGAGUUCCAGCGGCUGAUUUUAAUCUUCUCGCUGAAGAAUGCAAGAAAGCAACGGAAAUGUUAUUUGGGGAAGAAGAAACAACGCAAGAAACUGUGCAUAGUGGAAACCAGUCAAAGCUUUUAUCCAUGCCAAUCAAUAAGAGGAACGUUCCACAGAUUUACACAAUUUUUGGACCAAAUGAAGCUCAAAGUAAUUUGCAGACAAUUAAGAUAGUAAAUAAUCCAUCUUCAAGUUCAGCGGCACAACCAUCGUCUAAUUUUCUGGAGGUAGAAGAAGACAACCAGUUGACAUGUGAAGUUGAAGAUGAAAAUUUAAGUCAGCUAGUAAAUUUGUGUCUAAAUAACCAAAAUACAGUGAUGGAAAAUCAGAAAUUACUUCUUGAAAAUCAGCUAAGAAUAAUGGAACAAUUGUCUAGUCAGGAAACUAUACUUCAGAUGGUUUGUGAAAAUGUAGCAAGAACCAAAAUCACAGCAUCCACUAAUGCCACUGCAGAUGAAAUUGUCUCUAACAAAAAAAUACCUAAUGAUCCUCUUCCAAUCGAUUCAAUGGCCAAAUUGGAGAAACUUGAAAUUGAUCUCAGAGAUGAAUCUUUCAUGAAUCAAAUAAUUAAAUGCAAGUCCUAUAUAUGUGGAAGCAAUGGAAAAAUGAAUGGCAUGAAUUGCUCAUACCGCUUGAUUGAUCAUUUUUUUAAAAGGCAGUUUUUGAUGCAAUUUUCCUGGAGUGGUGGAAGUAGAAAGGAUGAACACAAAGUGGCUUUCAAAAAAUUCAAAAAUGUCAUGACAACAUUUUACAAAAUUAUCAGUAGAGCAGAUUCCCAAUUUACGGAAGCAGAGUGUGAAAUUUUUUUUAAGGGGGUUAUUAAAAACGCAAAAAGGCGCUUUGAACUACGGGAAAACAGCAACGAAAAAAAAAACAGAGCUUCUAGUGCAAAAAAAAGGCCGAAAAAUCUUACCUACAGAAAAGUAAAUGAAAUUGAUUCGGGACAAGAAGAAGCAGACAGUAUGGAAUCGACUGAAGAAGCCCAUGAGGAGGAUGAAGAAAAAAAAGAAAAAAAGGCCGAUGAGGACUAA